AUGCUUUCCAAGACCAUCUUCGCUACUGCCAUCUUGGCCCUCGCAACCUCUGUUGCCGCCGCCCCUACUCCUGCCCCCGUCGCUCUCGCUCAGCCCGAUCUUGGUAGCGACAUCGGCAACCUCUUGUCCCCUGGCUCCAGCGACUCCGCUCUGAACGGCAACACCGCCGAGGGCAACGGAGACGGUUCGUUCUUGCAUAUAUCGACUCGCUCAGCAGCAUCGUACUGA